AAUUUUUAAUUACCCGCUCGUUAGUCCCUAAAUCCCCCCAAAUAACUCUCAAAAAUUGCCCCAAAAUUUCAUAUUUCCAGCAACAUUCUUUGUCUCUGCAUCUUUAGGUUCUUCGGCCGUUUCUCCUUCGUAGAUUGAAAUUAGAUGUUGAGAAAGGUUUGCCUCCCAAAAAGGAAACUAUCAUGAAAGUAGGAAUGUCCCAGAUGCAGAAACAGUACUAUAGGGAUUUGCUGCAAAAAGAUCUUGAGGUUGUAAAUGCUGGUGGAGAGCGUAAGCGUCUUCUGAACAUUGCAAUGCAGUUGCGCAAAUGUUGUAAUCACCCAUACCUUUUCCAAGGUGCUGAACCUGGACCUCCAUAUACAACAGGAGACCAUCUUGUUACCAGUGCUGGUAAAAUGGUUCUCUUGGACAAAUUACUUCCAAAGCUGAAGGAGCGUGAUUCUAGAGUUCUGAUAUUUUCACAGAUGACAAGGCUACUGGAUAUUCUUGAAGAUUAUUUGAUGUUUCGUGGAUACCAGUAUUGUCGAAUUGAUGGUAAUACAGGUGGUGAAGAUCCUGAUGCUUCCAUUGAAGCCUUUAAUAAGCCAGGAAGUGAGAAAUUUGUUUUCUUGUUAUCAACUAGAGCUGGAGGCGUUGGUAUUAAUCUUGCUACAGCAGAUGUUGUGAUCCUUUAUGAUAGCGACUAUAAUUGGUCAAAAGAAGGAAGUUCAAGUGUUUUGCUUUUUGCACGAAGUACACUAUUGAGGAAAAGGUGAUUGAGAGGGCCUAUAAAAAACUUGCUCUAGAUGCUCUGGUUAUUCAACAAGGACGAUUAGCAGAGUAGAAGA